CCUAUAAACUACUUAUAAGCCUUGGGUGGUUGAGAUGGCGCGCAUGGAGAUUAUCAGACCGGUAUUGCACAUACGCUCGGAUUUGCAGUCCACGGUGAAAGAUGUUUGGCCUAGAUAUGCGCCUCUCUAGCAGGUUAUUGCUCCUCAGUGCAGUUGCAGCACAGGCAAAGUAUAUUGUGCCCGGAGCGAGAUGGCGAGAUACGGAAAAUAACCUGGUCAAUGCCCAUGCGGGCAACGUCGUCUUGGAGAAUGGCACAUUCUGGCUCUUUGGAGAGUACAAGGUCGAGGGACAGGAAGAGGGUGGUGGUGUUUCGGUUUACAGCUCUGAAGAUUUAGCUACUUGGACUUCUCAUGGUCUGGCUUUAGAACCUAUCUCCUGGCACCCCUUUAUCUCGCCUAAGAACAUUAUCCAGCGGCCCAAGGUUGUGUAUAGUGAGUCGACAAGCCAGUAUCACAUGUGGUGGCACGCCGACAAUGCUACGUACGGGCGUCUACUACAAGGACUCGCAGUUUCAGAUACAAUCGGCGGACCCUAUACAUUCGUCAGUGCCCAAGCUCCUUUGGGUAAUUGGUCUCAGGACUUUGGGAUGUUUACCGACUACAAAGACGGCAAAACGUACGCCCUCUACUCGAACGGUGACAGUUCAGAGGGCCGAGACGUGUAUCUAGCUUCGUACAAUAAGGAAAUCACGACGCUUGAAGAGGUGGUUCACCGCUUCGAUAAGUUCGAUCUUGAGGCUCCUUCUAUCGUACAGACCGAGCAUUCUUAUUAUGCCUUAUUAAGUCACAAAACGGGAUACAGACCCAACAACGUCGUUGCCUUUCGAGCAGACAGCUUGAGUGGCCCCUGGUCCCAGCCCUGGAUUGUCGCGCCGCUUAACACGCGUACUUUCAACUCACAGUCCGGCUUUACGUUGAGAAUAGUAGGAACCGAGAAGACGACAUAUUUAUACUUGGGCGACCAGUGGGAUUCUAACUCGCUUUGGGAAUCUCGAUAUAUAUGGCUACCUAUUAACAUCGACGAUGACAAGAAGACCCUUCAGCUGGAAUGGCACGAUGUUUACGAUCUAGAUGUAAAAACUGGAAACUGGCAGCCAGUGGAUGGGACCACAUAUUCUGCCAAAGAUGCAACAACAAGUGGAAACGCUUUCAAGCAAGAAGCUAACUUCGCCACCGACGGAGUUAUCUUGACAGGGAUCGAAGGCAACGACAGCACAGUCACCUUUCAGGGUAUAGAGGGAACAGGAAAGCCUCAAUGGGUUUCGUUCUACUACCAGAACACCGACGACAUGGGCUUCGGAGAUCAACCCGGCGGCUCGCCAGAUCGAAUUGGUGGCUCAUGGCAGCUCCGCCGCAUUUCUAGCGUUGUUGUGAACGGAAAGACGGAGAACGUCGAGACACUGUACCAGAGGGAUACACACAAGGGAAUCAUCCUGUCGACGCCGCUCCAGCUGACUCUGGAGGAGGGUUCGAAUAACACUAUCACGGUGGGCGGUUUGUACAACGGGUUUCAAUACAAGGGUGCCGAUCUUGAUAAGAUCGUCGUUUAUCCCCCAGAGAGUUAG